AUGAAGAGGAAGACACCAAGUUCGUUCCUCUUCAUCGUCUCAUUUCUUUCCAUCAUCGUCGUCAUCAAUGGCGAUGGGUCUCUCUUUGUUAACUCAAACCCUAGUCAUCAUGACGAUGAUAAUAAUUCCAUAACUUUCGACCUAAUCCACAGGGACUCUCCCAAAUGGCCUGGGAAUCAAGACAAGCCUCCCAAAAGCCAAAGAGAAGUCAUCAAAGAGCGUCACCUCCGUGACAUUAAACGCCAGGAAGAGGUCAUAUACCCGCUACGACACGACGGCAUUAGAUUGAAGAUGGAGUCGGGUUCGGAUCUGGAUCUUGGGGGGUACCUGGCGGAAGUAUACAUCGGAACGCCUUCCCGGAAAUUGUCGAUGCUUGUAGAUACAGGGAGUGACCUCACAUGGGUCAAUUGCAGAUUUGACUGUAAAGAUUGUCAUCAUAAGCGAAACAGAGAUCAAUUUUAUGGAAACCAACCAAGAUAUUAUGCAGGACAAGGUCUAAAGAGCGUCGAUGUAUUUCAGGCCCAUCGAUCUUCGAGUUUCAAGCCUAUACAAUGCGGUACUCCUCAGUGCAGAACUGGGAUGAAGGAAAUGGGGUCUGAGCCUUUCUGCCCUACUCCAUCGUCGCAUUGCAUGUAUAACAUGAGUUACUUAGGAGGCAGCGUUGCAUCAGGUUUUUUCAGCGAAGAGAUUGUAAGAGCACCCCUCACUACAACCGGAAGGUCUCUAAAGCUGAGACAUAUGGUCGUUGGCUGCACAGAGACGGUCGUUAAGGACCUGAAAUCUGAUGGCAUAUUGGCUUUAGGGUUUUCCUUUGGCUCCUGGGCAGAUAAAGCUACUAGGAACUUCGGUCCCAAGUUCUCUUAUUGCCUCAUGGAUUUCGCCAGCCACAUGAACAAGUCAAGUUACAUCACAUUUGGUGCCAACAACAAAAUCGCAUCGCACGCCCCUAUGAUACAAACCCGUUGUUAUGUGCCUCUCCCUGGUCAUUAUAGCGUGGAAAUAUCAGGCAUAUCAGUUGGGGGGAAAAUGCUAAACAUACCAAAGUAUAUAUGGACAUUUGAUUGGGUUACUGGUGGAGGAACAAUUAUUGACUCAGGCACAAGCAACGCAUGGCUAGCAGAGCCAGCUUACGAGGCUGUUAUGUGUGAAUACAGAAAGGUGUUCUCAAAAUACGAAAGACUAAAAACAGACCCGGUAGAGAUCCCGUUUGAGUUGUGCUUCAAGUCUCCACCAAAAAUGGACUGGUCUUCGGUGCCAAAACUUGCGUAUCAUUUUGCAGAUGGAGCUGUAUUUGAGCCACUGGUGUCGAACUUCAUUGCAGAGAUUAAUCAACCCAGGACUGGGGAAAGAUGUGUUUCGAUUGUCAAGUCUAACACUUACACUGGCUCUCUGAUUGGCAAUGUAAUGAUGCGGAACUAUCUGUGGGAGUUUAAUAUAGCGGAUGAGACAGUCGGUUUCACUCCUUCCAAUUGCGCCUAG